AUGAGCUCGAAGAAACGCUCAGCAGAAGAGGAGAAUACGCCAUCGAAGGCGGUCGAUAUGGGGCAGGAUACCGCGCGCGCGGUUGCGGGAGCGGAGGAGAUGGGAGAGUUCGAAGAUAGGUGGGAGGACGAGAUUGAGGCCGAGGUGGUUGACGGUGAUGCUAUGGAGGAGGAGGGCGAUGAAUUCACCCAUGCCCCCGAAGACGAAGACGCCCCCGAGCCCAAGAAACAGACGUACCUCCCCGGCGUCGCCAUGGGCCCCAACGAGCAACUCGUCGCCGACAACUCGGUCUAUCCGUGCCUGCACGCGCUGUCGUAUGCGUGGCCGUGCCUCUCGUUUGACAUCCUGAAAGACGAUCUCGGGGUCGACCGUACCGGGUUCCCCCAAACCGCCUGGCUCGUGGCCGGCACCCAAGCCGGCGAUAUCCCCGGCCAAGGCCGCGCCAAGGACGAGGUGGUGGUCAUGCGUCUCUCUGGCCUUUCGAGGACUCAACACGACGACGACUCGGACGGAGAAGCAGACGACGACGAGGUCGACGAAGAUGCAAAGCUCGACUUUCUCACUUUACCCCACGUUGGAGCCGUCAACCGAAUCCGCGCGGCUCCAGCCACUCCCGGAAACUUGCCCAAUCCCUACCAUGUCGCGUCGUUCAGCGAGACGGGCAAAGUCCAUAUUUGGGACGUAAAGCCUCUCAUCGACACUCUUUCCGGAGGAGGCAAGCCACGCCAAAAGACCCCCGUUCACACUAUUACUGCCCAUGGCCGGGCUGAGGGAUACGCGGUCGAGUGGGGCCGUUCGGGCCUGUUGACUGGCGACAUUGACUCCAAGAUCUACCUCACUACCACUACGCCGACCGGAUUCUCUACUUCCCAAGCAUACACGAGCCACACUUCGAGUGUCGAGGACCUGCAGUGGUCCCCCGCCGAGCCGACUGUCUUUGCCAGUGCUAGUGCCGACCGCACUGUACGUGUUUGGGACGUUAGGACCAAGAGCCGCAAGUGUGCGGUCAGUGUGCGGGCGCACGACGACGACGUCAAUGUCAUUUCGUGGAAUCGGAACGUCGAUUACCUUCUCGUUUCCGGGGGAGACGAAGGCGCUGUCAAGGUCUGGGACCUGCGGAUGUUCAAGUCAAAACCCAAGCCCGUCGCCCACUUUACGUGGCACACUGCACCCAUCACGUCGGUCGAGUGGCAUCCCUCUGAUCCGUCCGUGUUCGCGGCGUCGGGCGCCGACGACCAGGUCACGCUCUGGGAUCUCUCGGUCGAGGGUGACGACGAGCAGGCUGGCGACGCGCCCGUCGGGCCUGAUGGGCGCGUUCUCGACGUGCCGCCCCAGCUACUGUUCGUCCACCAGGGUCAGAAAGACGUCAAGGAGCUGCACUGGCACCCGCAAGUGCCGGGCAUGGUGGUGACUACUGCCGCGGACGGGUUUAAUGUGUUCAAGACGAUCUCGGUUUAG